CGAAUUGAAAACGAAAGUAAACCGAAAGUAGCCUUGUUUCGAAUUGAAAACGAAAGUAGGUGGGGCUGAUCGAUUUAUUGUAAACAAAACUGUAAGUUAUUAUUUAAUUGAAUAGUCUAUGUUCACUAAACUGUUACGUUAAGUAGAUUGGCGAUUUAAGUUUAAUCAUAAGAAUAUGUGCAUUGCAUUGGAAUAGUUAUAAGAAAACACACUUUGAAGUUUAAGAUUAAUAUAAAAAUCAAAUUGGCCAAGAAAUUGAAUCACUGGAGAAUAAUCUGAAACCAAUACUUCUUCUGAAUGGGACAGCAUACAGGGCAAAAACAAUAAGUAUCUGAUAUUAUUCUGGACAAUAAAGUUAAUACAGAAGAAAACGUACAGUUAAUAUAACUAAGUGUACACCUCUCUAAAUUUACAACUACGCAGCUAUGGAUCGUGAAAACGCAAUACAAUUUACUAAUACAUCGGAUGAAUCAACACCACUUUUAAAUGUGCAAUACGAUAUGCCGACAUCAUCGUUCUCAGAAAUUGACGGGAAAACUAUUAUAAGCAUGCCCACAUCCAAAAGUGACGAAGCGAUGGGAAUGCAAGAGAACACAGACCCUGGAUCAGCAAAUGUCAUCAUCGACAAGGAAGAAAAUAAACAACAAGCGGAACACUCCAUUGGUAUCACGAGUGGCGCAUUUUGUGGUUCUCCUAAGGUUCCAGAAGACAAAAUAUGUAUUGAUAAUUAUGAAUGUACACAAACAAGAGGAAGUAGGGUAGGAGAAAGAGAAGGUGGUGGAAGAGGAGGAGGAAGAGGAAGAAAUAGUUGGCAUGGCGAAGGUCGUCAGGGGCAUAGGUCGGGUUCAAGCAUGAGCAGUGCAUUGAGAGAAAAACGGAAAAAGGCUUAUGAUGAUUUUGAAUAUUUCUGGAAUAAAAAGAGCGUGUUUAGUCAGUGGCACCCUUCACAAUUUAGAAUACAUGGAAUAGACUUCACAUUCACGUGUGCAGAACAAUACAUGAUGUUUAAAAAAGCAGAACUAUUUAGUGACACAGAUGCAAUGGAGAUAAUCCAAGCACUAACAGUUCCCAAAGAAAUGAAGGGUAUUGGGAGAAAAGUCCAAGGUUUAAGCUUUAAGAUAUGGAAAGAAAGAGCGAUUGAUAUAGUGAGGGAAGGAAACGUCGCAAAGUUUUCACAAAAUGUUAAACUGAAGGAAAUGCUCAUUAGCACAUAUCCAAAAGAAUUGGUGGAAGCUAGCCCCUUUGACCCUAUCUGGGGCAUAGGCCUCGCAGAGGAUUGGGAACAAGCGUAUUCCAAGGAAACGUGGAGGGGACUGAACCUUCUAGGAUAUAUCCUGACCGAUGUCAGGAACGAGCUCAUGAUAAAGGAUGGAAUUAUAGAUGAACACGGGGUCAUUCCAGUUGAUCUGGAGGCCUUGAAAGCACGCUAUGUUGCCUCGGAGGUCAACGACGAUGCUGAAAUGGAGGCUACCAGUAAAGAAGAACAACUUGCAAUCUUAGAAGGCUUAGGCACACGCAUGGGACACUCGUUUGGUGGUAACAAUGAUAAAGAGAGAGGGAAAGAAAAGGAAACGGCGGCAUACGAUGCGAGGGAAAUGGACAGUGGCGAUAACAAAGGUCGAUUAGAUUUCGUUUAAAUGUAUGAAGUGUGGAACUCGAUAAAAAAAGACUUUAAGAGAAAGUCUUAUUUAAAAACUACAUACAUAAAGAGGGUAAUUUUUAUUUAUAAACUAGGUAUAUGAAUGUAAUUGCAGGAAGUUAGAUACUUUAAAGUUCAGAAAUUAAAUUUAUAAAUCUUCGUGAAUCAAAUCUGAUUGUUUAGACUGAAGAUCAUUACGUGUGUGUUUCGACGAAUGACAAAACAGCGAACACAAUAUACUCGACGGUCGUUUAUAUCAAGGAUACACAUACUGAGGUCCAAUGACAUUACAUUUAUCAAACUCGGGAAAUAAACUUCUGACAAACGAGUGUACACAGUCCGUAUCUGCAAACUAACUGAAAGUCACACAUAACUUAUUGAUAUUACUAAAAUGAAAUGUUCUGUAAUACAUGUAUACAUUAAAAAUUUAUUUAGUUAGAACACGUGCAUAUUAAAUUAGACAUAAAAUUAGUUCACAUAUUGCAAAAAGACCAUGUAUUUCCAUUGACCUACGAUAAAUUGAUUCAAUUUGAUAACACUGAUACCAUUUAUCUUAACAUGUAUGUCCUUAUUUUAUUUGCGGAUUCCCAAACGUUAUCCUCGUACAAAGAUAACUCUGACUCAAAAGUAGAUUACUUUGUGAAGUAAGAGGUAUUCGAUGAUACAGAAAAUCUGUAAUCUAAAGACUUUAAAUUGUUUUCACCUGAUAUCUAGAUUAUUGUUCACGUUAUCUGAUAAACUGGUUUUGGUUAUGAUAUACCAAUAUCACAAACUUAAGAUGGUAUGGCUUUCCUACAAAACUAGGUUUAAAUAUAUUUAGGUAUGAACACAUGUGAUAUCAGUAUUGUACUACGAAAAAUAAAGAACAUUUGCUUGCAAGAAGCUUAGUUUAAUAGUUUAGGACUAGUUGUAAAAAUAAUUGAUCAUGCUACUGCUCAUUAAAGGUACACAUCAGGUGAUCAGCAUUAUCUGAUUAUCUUGUGCAAAUUCAACUCAAACUUUAACUCAGUCUCCAAAUGUUACGUAAACUUUAACCUUUUACUUAAUAUAAAUUUUAAAGGACCACAAUUCUGCUCAUUUUAAAAGGGUUUCGUCAUAAAUUAUUGUUAACAAACAGAGGUUUUCUAAAUUGCAGUUUAAUUCAUGUAAAAUAAUACAAAAUUCAGAACAACUGAGAAUGAAUAGAUCCAAACAUUAAAUGAAGCAAUAAAGAGAGACAAUUGUUGUUCAGGACUUAAUCAGGAGUCGUUUCCCCUAAUAUAUAAUUGUGUAGUCUCUUCAUACUGAAGCUAGUUCACCGUUUUGUAUUUCAUCAUGUCGCCUCUCAUCUGACAGUUACGUGGUACAAUUCAGAGGCGACACCAAUUUUCAACCAACCAAACACAAUCUGGUCACAAAGUGGUCAAGUGUUCAUACAAGAUUACGAUUCACAAAUAUAUAUCAAACUGUUUGUCAGUAAUAUGUUGACUGCCAUUCUCACUGUAAGAAAACACGUAUAAAUUGUAUUAUUCCUCAUAAGAACAAACUUUACUAAGAUAAUGGCAUUUAACAUAUUAUAUGUACGUUAAUUUUUAAAGUAUUUUUGAUCUAUCAAGAAAGACAUUUACAAAUUCUGUUUCAGGAUUUUGAUAAAUGCAGAUUAUUGCAUCUAUAUGCAAGCGAAUCGAGAUUGAUUUUUUUUUGGCCUUAACCAUAUGUUUCUUUUUCCAAGUGUGAUUUUGACCCAACUAAGUCAUGACCAACGAGUUAAGACCAUUCAUACGCAACCGAAUUGCCAUGUUUAUGACUCAGUUAUGCUUCUAAUCUAAAAUAAAAUUGUAAAACAUCAUCAAUUUGAUAUUUCAGAAUUGUUAAAUUAUGCUAAUACACAUUAUACCCGGAAUUAUAAUUAAAUAACUCUUUGUGCAAUUGUCGUGUCACGUACUUAUAUUUGAAAGCAGAUUUUUUUUUAAAUAUUUUUUUUCAAUUUUCAAUACUCAAAACAUUUACGCAAAUAAGACCCGUUAUUAAAAUAUAUAUUUAGAAUUAAAGUACGGUUAGAAUAUUAAGUUGAGAAAUUGUUAUAUGACUUUUACAUCUAACUACAUAAACUUCAAGCAUUUUUGGCCUCAUCGAUAAAUAAUUGUGUUAUACGCUUUACUUGGUAAGGUGAAAUUCGUCAAUAAUGAUGUCACAUAACGGUAUAUUCAUAUUGUUUAUUCUUAUGAUAGAAAUUUAAGUACAGAUAGAUUUAAUAAUAGAGAAAUAUUUUAAAAAUAUGUUUGAGUAAUUAAUUAGUAACUGUUAUUAUUACUGAUAUGUAAGAAAAUUUUGAAAGGUUAUUUACAUCAAUAUUUCUAUCUUAUACGUAAACAGAAGUUAAAAGUUUAAAGUGAUCAAACUAUUUGAGAGUUCAUCUUGUAAAGUAGCUGUAUGUUGCGGGUAUUUAGGAAAACAUAACAGAUGUCAUCGAAUGGGCUUUGUAAUGAAGUUUGAAAAAUUGAUUAUUGUUGUAUAAAUAAACUUAUUAAGAAAUUGAAUCUUCGGAUAGGAUGUAAUGAAGUUUGAAAAAUUGAUUAUGGAAGUAUGGUUUCAUUUCUCCAAUGUAGUUCAUUUAUCGGGAACACGUGUUGAUUUGUAUUAGUCAUUGAUUAACAAUUUGGCUCGUAUUACUUCAAACCAAUACAUAACGAGUCCCAUUUCAGAUAUGGUAUAUAAUGAAAUUUAAAUAAUUGAUUAUAUAAGUGUAAUUCCAAUUUCCCAAGGUACAUAACAGAUACAAGUUCAGAUUGAAUGUGUAUCGAAUGUGUAUCGGGGUUUACAUAAUUGAUUAUAGAAGUAUUAUGUUUCAUAUUACCAAUGAGGUUUGUCCAUAGAUAACAUCUGGUUAUAUGAUCAAGUAUGCUUAAUGAAAUGAGGUCUCCUGUUCCCAAAGUGAUAAUUGUGUAUUGAACUUUCUGCUGUGAUAGAUGCAUGAGCAUCCAUCCAAUCAUCAAGGGUUAUUCAAAGGUAGUAUAUCGGGGGAAGAGAACAGUUAACCAACCAAGAAUGAGAUAGGAAAUAUCUAAAUUUUAUGUUCAUGUACCUUGGAAUAAAAUGCUGUGCUUUGUUGUAAGAAGGAAUUCUAGAGUCCUAGUUUGACAAUCGAGUAGAGCAGUCACGCUUUCUUGACGUGGCGGCCAAUUGGCUGUAAAAUUGUUCUUCAUGAACAUUAGAAGCGUUGUGUUAGAAAUUAUUUAACAGAAAUAAAUCUCGAUGAAAACAGAAA